AUGGAGAUAUCGGGGUAUCGUAUUUGGAAGAAGGCGAGGAAUAGAAACGGAGGGGUGGUCGAGAAUGGUAAUUGGAAUAGUUUAUGGGAGAUUGUGACACCGGCUAGAGUUAAACAUCUCCUUUGGAAUGCGGGUUUUAAUCGGAUUUUAGGUACAACAAACUGUGGUUGGUGUCUUCGUGACGAUCACGGGGAUUUUGUAGUUGCCGGUACGGCUUGGGAUGGCGGUACCUUUUCCAUCCUUGAAGCGGAGGCCUUAGCCCUCAAGGAAGCUAUUCAAGGGGUUAUAACCUUGCACAUUUCUCAUGUUAUCUUUGAAAGCGAUUCUCAGUUGCUUGUCCACGGUCUUAAAUCAAACUCUUGUGGUAAUUCCGAGUUUAAUGUUAUUAUUGACUCUAUUAAGUUGUUGUUGCUAGAUUUUCCCAACUUUAAGGUUAAGUUUGUAAAGCGUCCAGCGAAUUUGGUUGCCCAUACCUUAUCUAAGGCGGCCAACUCUUAG